AUGGAAUCAAUGUCGUGUAAAAAGAAGAAAUCCGAGACUCUGGAGAAAGUUCUGAAUGAUGGUUUAGCAUUGUUGGCGAAAGAAAAAGGAUCAAAAUGUCGGGGGAAAAAGCCUUCUCAUUUUCGCUUAGUGCAAGUUGGUUGUAAGAGGUUGACCCACACGCCUUACCGCUGCCGUCAAGGAUCAAUUAAGCAAAAUGAUAACCAGCAGUAUGAUAGCUCUGUGGCUGAUGACUUUCAAGUAAAUGAUGAGCACAAGCAAACAGACGUUGAUAUUGAGCUAGAGAAUCUUAUAUUUGAAUGCAGAGGACUUUUGGCUUCAGAGAAAGAGGAUGCCAAGAAAUGGUCUGAUCGCAUGGAAGAGCUUCAUUCUCUUUGGGAAAAUAAUAGAUCUACCAUAUUCGAAACCUUGAUCCAAUGUGAAUCAGUUGAUAAAGGCACACCAUGCUUCAAUUGUGGGGAAUCUCCAGGCUUGAUAAAGUGUCAUCAGUGUGGUAGUAACUGGCCAGUCUGUACCACUUCAGCCAUCACAUUCAUUGGAUAA